AUGGUACAACACCCAUCGCGUGUUAGCGCUGCAGAGAAAUUUGGGACGGCAGCGUGCGCGUGGCCGCAAGUUCUGUGGGUGUGCCUGUCAGGGACCAACCAGGGCCAUGCUUUUAGUGUUUGUCGAGGUGGAUUCGGCGCGGCCGGUAUGACGUUGAGCCCGCAUUUUCUUUAUUUGUUGAUGGCGCUUCGGUUGGAGUCUGCCGAUUUAUCUCCCGUCGAAUCACGCGACUUUGACCUCGUUUACUGGCUAGCGGUGAACAUAGGCCCAAGGGAUUUGACUGGUCGCAUGAGCAGAGAUUCUGGCAUCGCGGCCGACCUUCCUAGAACUGCUAAACGCGAUGGUGUUGUUGUUGGCGGGGGCCACAUGUACGGGUCGCGUGUGUUUGACAGCCAAUCCUUCGCGACUCUCCAUACGAGGGCCGCCCCUGGGCAAGGUGUUGGGGAUGAACACAUGAUCGCCCAACGGAUAACGGAUCCCAGUCAGUUGGUAAAGGUCCUAUCGUAUUGUGGCGCGCCGUCAGUAAAGCGCAUGGUGCCGGUUGGCUAG